AUGGAUAGCUCUACUUACUCUUCCGACCGCAACCUUUCCAGUAUUCUAAUUGCCCCUCAUGCUACACUUAGUGUCAUUGCUACCAUCUUUGUUUGCUUGCGCCUUUAUACCUCGCGAUAUGUUACAAAGACUUCUUGGUCAAUUGAGGAAUAUAUCGCAAUAGCUGCACUGGUGGCAAGUCAUGCUCUUCUUAUUGCUGAAGGUUUCGGCAAGUCUACUGAUGUUAUGUCUGCAGCGGUACACUAUGGCUAUGGAGAAAAUAUUACCAAAGUUCAGGAAGAAUUCGAUGGCGGACUUACCAACUUUUUCAAGUCUGUCCUUGCUGUUGAAAUAUCCUACGGCUUUGCAUGUCCGUUAUCAAAGAUAGCAGUUCUCGCUAUGUACUAUCGCAUCUUCAUUACAUCAACCUUGAUCCGUUAUUCUACAUAUAUACUAGCUUCUAUGAUGGCUAGUUGGGGAGUUGCGGUGAUACUAGUAAGCAUCUUUACCUGUAACCCAGUUGAGGGCUAUUGGGAUCACUCGAUACCGAGCAAAUGCAUCGACUCAAACAAAUUCUAUAUUGGAAUCACAAUCCCCAAUAUCAUAUUCGACCUUGUUACUGUUGCCCUUCCAAUCCGUGAGGUUUGGCGAUUACAGAUGGGCAGGGAUAAGAAAUGGGCCCUUACAUCUAUAUUCCUAAUGGGUGGCAGUGUUGUGCUUGCCUCGGUUGCGCGCCUCGUUUUAUACCUCAUCUUCAAGACAUCGGGGAACAUCACCCAGACUCUUCUCUAUGGAAACCUAGCGUCUUCAAGCGAGAUCUGCCUCGCCAUCAUUGCAGCCUGUAUGCCACCGUGUGCGCCACUUUUGAAGCGUAUCUUAAUUAAGAUGACUACUGCUAUCAGUACCUCAAAGUCAAAGCAAGAAGGAGUGUCGAACGAUACCGAUGAUAAGAACAGGCUUGCCACGCUGGUUACAAUUGGACAAAAGUCCAGCCGUGGGAAGAAUACUACAACGGUACACGGAGGUAGUGAGUUUCAUGGUUCCUUUGAACGUCUUGAUGAUAGCGGGAGUUUGCAAGGGUCGACCGAUGGUUUAUACGUAAACGACUCUGGUGAGGCAGAUCACAAGUCAGGGAAGUGGUCCAGGAUAAAUGUGCGGCGUGAAGUCGCAGUUGAGAGUACUGUGGAAAAUAUCCCAAUGAGAAACCUUCGGACGUGA